AUGCAAAACUUCCGCUUUGAAGUCCGUUACAAAGAAGGUGUUAAGAAUAUUAAUGCCGACGCCUUGUCCCGACCACAACUGCAAGUUGAAUCCAAGGCCCCUAUUCCUACUAAGUCUUGUCCCGUCCGUUCAAAUCUCGAGGUUGUUCCUCCAGAUUCUGUGGUGGUUGCAGAAGAUCCGGAACUGUCAGGCUUGUUACCUGACACUAUGAAGGAUCCCCUGAUUGCCGCAGUGGUUUUAUGUCCGUUAUGGUCAUGGGAUAAACUUCGAGAAGCUCAAGAACAAGACCAUGUGGUUUGCGAGGUUCGUGAUCGCGUCUUAGUGGAUGCUCCUUUGGGUCGUAAGGAAUUCACUUCUCGUCUAUAUAUGCCCUAUAGGCGUAUUUGGUCGGUUCUGGAUGUCUGUGAAGGUGUUCUUGUUCGCCUUUUGAAGACAGACCCACUGACUCCCGUCCGUUGUGUAGCCAUCGUUCCUACUGCGUUGAGAGGCGAAGCUGUAGCCUACUUCCACGAUGAGAAGGGUCACUUUGCGGAGAAACGGAUGCUGGAGAAUAUGAAGCCGGUGGUUUAUUGGCCUAAUAUGCAUGUUGAUAUCAAUGAGUACCUACAGAAGUGCCCCGGUUGUCUUGCUGCCCGUACUGGUCGUCCGACUCCAUCCCCUUUGGUACCGGUACCGGUUGGAAGGCCAUGGCAUACCUUGGCUGUUGACUACUUGGAGAUCACGCCUGCGGUUAACGGUAAAAAGUAUUUGUUAGUCUUGCAAGACUACUUUACUAAGUGGGCUGAAGCUUACCC